AUGGUAUCCACUUCAAAGUCUAAACCUCUUCCUCGUCCAGCCUUUCUUGUUGGGGAUAGACUGAUGGUGACUGAUGAAUCUCAGGCAAUGGAUGUACUCACCACAAGCACUCAGUUUGGGAAAGUGGUAUCGAAGCAAGCUUGGCCGAGUGAUGCUAGUACAACCUUCCGGGUGGUUAAGAGACAUCAGCAAAAGGCUAGUUGUUUGGUGUUUCCUGUGUCAAGGGGGUUGCAACAUUAUGACUUCCCUAUUGAAGUGGCAGACACUUUUAACUUGAGAAGAGAUUAUGGGUAUCAGAUUUAUCCCACCUACUAUGGUGUUGGAGUUAUUUCUCAUGUCAGUGGUAGUGAUCCUGAUUUUUGUGAAGCAUAUAAAGCUGCUUUUCCGAACUCACAACUUACUACUGCAAAUGCUCGGAAUGGAACUAUGGUGGCUCCACCAUUCCCCUUCGUAUUGACGGAAGAUGGUGAAGAUUUAAGUGCAGCAGACAAUGUAAAACUUGAAGAUCAAAAAGCUGCUUCUUUGCUUGGAAUUGCAGACACCUAUAUUAAGUUGUUUGACCCGGGUGGAGCUGGGUUACCAAGUGAUUUCAUUGCUACUGGAUCACCUCGCAAGCUGUACAUCUCAUGUGAUUUUGAGGUUGACGACAACUACUGUUAUGUCGUGGUAUCUAAGGGCAGGGGUGAUUGUCCCAAUUUUAAAGGACCAUAUAAGGAUAUUCUUGCAAGCCAAGCUGUUCUCAGGGACAGUUUUAGUUGGGUGUCUAUAGAAGCUUUGGAUUUCAAUGGCUGUAGUGGAAGUAAUUUGAGGGUUGUUCAGCAUUGUGAUGUUGUGACGAGUGUCCUUUUGGUGUGCUGCGAAAUGGUGGGCAUGAUGACUGAUGGGAAGACUUGGUAUAAUGUUUCCAAGGUGGCUGCGGUAGUAUUGAAGAAGGUGGUUGGAGUUCAUGACUAUGGUAGAGAACUCAAUUCUCCUGUCAGGAUUAUGUGGCCUGAAGUAUUCAUUUGUGCUUUUGUUCAAGACUGCAGACUGGUUCAAAAUGUUGGAGAGUUUGUUGCCACCGGUCCGGUAGUCUCUUGUUCUGGAUUCAAUAAAGGUUUUAACCGUGGAAAGGUGUCGAUUAUUGUAAUCCUUGAAGGGCUGAGACUUACUACAAAUGUUGCUAUGAGAAGAGCUCCUUCGGUAGUGUAUCAAUUUCAGUUGUUUUCUGAUCUUGCUUCUGAGUUCUAUGUGCAUGAAGUUCUUUCUCAUGGAAGGGGAUUGCCCGAGUUUAAAGAACCCAGCAAAGAUGGAGUAGAGGACAUCAACGAUGAAGAAAUUCUUGACCGGGAAUCUGUAAGAUCUUGGGGGUUGUAUGGCAGCAGUAGUUCCAAGCCUCUCAAGGAGGAUUGUGGGACUGUGAUGAUGUUGUUUGCUACUGGUAAUGGUGGGUUGUCAGGUUAG